CUUUUUUGGCUCGGCUAACAAACAGACACGGCACAUUUACGAUACUUGCACGCAACUUUCUGGACAACUCUUCACAAAUCUGUCUGUCGUGAGAAUAAAGAAAUCAUCAGUUCGAGCUCGCAAUUCCUGCAUCGCACUGUCCAAACACGCGAAAUAAUAAACAAAUCCCAAAGCAUGUCACUGCUUCCACCUCUCUCUGCUGCUUGUUCGUCUGUCGUCGCUCUAUCAUCGUCGGCAGCCAAAAACAAUUCCCUCAGAUUCCCUUCCCUUUUUCCCAUCAAACCCACAAGCCUUUUCUCGCAUCAAGCGCCGAAGAGGUUAAAGUUCUCUCCUUUUCCACUCAGGGUAGCUGCUCCUCCGACAUCGCCACCUCCGACCUCCGACCCAGACAACAAAUUGACGGAGACACAUGGAGAUCAGUUUCAAGAAGACGAGUUCAGAGCUGAGGAGGAGCUUGGUGACGAGAGCUCGGCCUCCAAGUUCACGUGGAGAGACCAUUGGUACCCUGUUUCUUUGAUUGAAGACUUGGACCCUGGCUUGCCCACCCCGUUUCAGCUUCUGGGUCGAGACCUCGUGCUCUGGUUUGAUAAAUCCAAUAGUCAGUGGGUCGCUUUUGAUGACAAGUGCCCGCAUCGCCUCGCUCCGUUAUCUGAAGGGCGGAUUGAUGAAGAUGGGAAUCUGCAGUGCUCGUACCAUGGGUGGUCCUUUGACGGUUGCGGGUCGUGUACUCGGAUUCCCCAGGCUGCUUCAGAAGGUCCUGAGGCACGCGCUGUUCGAUCUCCGAGAGCAUGUGUGACAAGGUUCCCCACGAUGAUUUCUCAAGGCCUCCUCUUUGUUUGGCCUGAUGAAAAUGGUUGGGAAAGAGCCAAUGCCACCAAACCUCCCAUGUUGCCUGAGGACUUCGAUAAGCCUGAAUUCUCGACUGUGACAAUUCAGCGUGAUCUGUUUUAUGGCUAUGAUACACUCAUGGAGAAUGUUUCAGAUCCCUCUCACAUUGAUUUUGCUCAUCAUAAGGUCACAGGAAGGAGAGACAGAGCCAAACCUUUGCCAUUCAAAAUGGAGUCUAGUGGGCCUUGGGGUUUUGCUGGAUCUAGUGAUGAUAACCCAAGAAUCAGUGCUAAGUUCGUGGCUCCUUGUUAUUAUAUCAACAAGAUAGAGAUAGACACAAAACUUCCUAUUGUUGGUGAUAAAAAAUGGGUUAUAUGGAUCUGCUCCUUCAACGUACCGAUGGCCCCUGGGAAGACUCGUUCAAUCGUUUGCAGUGCUCGAAACUUCUUUCAGUUCACAAUGCCAGGGCCGGCUUGGUGGCAGGUGAUCCCGAGGUGGCAUGAGCACUGGACUUCAAACAAAGUGUACGAUGGCGAUAUGAUUGUCCUUCAGGGACAGGAGAAAAUAUUCCUCUCCAUGUCAAUGGAGGGUCAGGAAGAUGUAAACAAGAAAUACUCAAAGAUCACAUUUACCCCAACGCAAGCCGAUCGUUUUGUCCUGGCAUUCCGCAAUUGGCUAAGACGGCACGGGAACAGCCAACCCGACUGGUUCGGCUCGAGCGGUCAACAGCCUUUGCCAUCCACUGUCUUGUCAAAACGUCAGAUGCUUGAUCGGUUCGAGCAACAUACUCUCAAGUGCUCGUCGUGCAGAAAAGCUUACGAAGCAUUUCGGAUGUGGCAGAAACUUCUCAUAGGCGCCACCAUCUUCUUCUGCGCAACAGUGGGCAUCCCAUCAGACAUGCAGCCGCGAAUCGUCCUUGCGGGUAUGGCCAUUUUGUGUUCGGGAAUUGCUUAUGCCUUGCACGAACUGCAGAAGAACUUCGUUUUCGUAGAUUAUGUACAUGCCGAUAUUGAUUAGUGGCGCUAUCUAUUUCAUUGAGAUUUCUUCACACAGGCAUA